CGUUCUGGGCGGGGUGCGUUGCUAGGCUACAGUUAACUGUUCUAACUGCCGGUUGGGUGGUGAGCUGUUGAGACCAGGGUUGGCUUAUUCAGCACCAGUGCUGUGUAGCGGACGGCAGCAGGGGAGCUGAGGUCUCCUGAAGCCUGAGGCUCAGGCAUGCUGAAGCGGAUUUUUGACUUCCAGGGUCGGAGGGGCAGGUUGCCUAUGGGCCCCUUCAGCGUCCUGCGGAGGAUAGGCACCGUGGCCGUGGAUGUGGAGGAAUCCCGGUACCAAAUCCGAAGCAAAGAUCUUGGAAAGCUCCACAGGGCUGCGAGCAAGGGCAAAGUAGCCAGAGUAGAGCAUAUUCUAUCUCUGGGGGAAAAUGACUUGAAUGACAAAGAUAAAAUGAAUAGGACUGUACUACGUUUGGCCUGCGCCAAUGGCCAUGUAGAAGCAGUCACUCUCCUAGUAAAGAGAAAAUGUGAGCUUAACCUGUGUGACAAUGAAGAGAGGACACUUCUGAUAAAGGCCAUACAAUGCCGGCAAGAGGACUGCGCGCUUAUUCUUCUGGAAUCUGGUGCCAAUCCAAAUAUCAGGGACAUCUCUGGCAACAGUGCUCUCCACUAUGCAGUUUGUAGCUCGCGUAUAACAACAGCGGCACAGCUGCUUUUAUGCAAUGUAGACAUCGAGGCAAGAAACAAGCAUGAUCUCACACCACUUUUACUUGCUAUAUCUAAAAACAAUAAUCAGAUGGUCGAGUUUUUAGUAAGUAAAGGAGCAAACAUAUACAUCAGUGACAAGAACAAAAGAAUGACACUCAUGUAUGCUGUAAUAAAUGGAUCAACAAAUAUAGUCAAGCUUCUUCUUCAGCGAGAUAUUAAUGUCUCCUCUCAAGAUACCUGUGGAUACACUGCAGAAGAAUAUGCUGCUAUUCAUGGUUUUGAUAUCAUCUUGCAACUAAUUUGUAAAUAUUCAGAGGAAAAUGAAGCUAAAAAUUCUUCUCAAAAUUAUCAAACCUCUUCUCCAGGUAAGAGUUGAGACAGUGAAUUAUUCUUGGUAAUCCUACCAUAGAUAAAGUGUAAUAAGGAAGUUUUCAUAAUGAAAGAGCAAUGAAGAAAAACAGUGUAUAAGUUGCAUGUAUUUUUUCUUUCUUAUUUUCUUUCUUAAUAGUCCAGUACUCAGAAUUAUUUAUGAAGCUAAUUGUAGGUAAUUCAAAAUCUGAGAUGGCAUUGUUUGAAAAGGAAUUCAUUUAUUUAGCCAUGACCCCUAAAAUCCCAUAUGAUAUUUUUGUGUAAAUAAGAGAUUUUUAAGUUAAUAUGUUGUAUGU